AUGCUUCUAAAUAUGGCCUCUUUUAACACCAUCAGUCCUGAGGCGUCCACUCCAUACAGUCUGGAGUCCGAGUCGCUGAGGAUGGACUGCAUCAUGUCCGGAGGAGCGUCUCCCACACUGGGCAUCAACAAUGUCACCAACAAGGCGGUGUCAGUCAGAGCUGCACCCAGUUCACAGAGCACCAGCCCCUCACUGAUCCUCCUGCAGGUGCCGGCGCGCUCACCUGACCCCCCUCUCCCCCUCCUCCCCUCUCCUCCCUCAUACGGAGAUAUUGACUGA